CACGGUACAGAUUUGUCAAAUAGCCCCUGCAUGGCAUGGUUGUCAGGAUAGCCUUCGAUAGGGUAGACAUUUUUUUUUAUCAGCCUGUAACAGAAGUGAAACCGUCAGAGUGAAGAGCGAUCCCAUCUUCUCUGUCACUCUCAACAGCUGUCCCGCCUCCCCGAGAGCAGAUUUCACACAUUUGUCAUUGCUCGGGUUAGCUCACGAGUUUAACGUUGCUCUUUUUGAAAAUGGCGGAUCUACCACCGGAGAAGAGCCUGGACGAUUUCUUCGCCAAGCGGGAUAAAAAGAAGAAGAAAGAAAAAGGAAAGGCCAAAGAAACCGUCGCCGGGCCCACUUCGGGUGUGAUAAAGAAGACCAAGAGGGAGAAGGAAAAAUCCACAAAAAACGACAAUCAAGAUGCGCAGAUUGAAAAGAAGGAUGAGGAAUGGAAAGAGUUCGAGCAGAAAGAAGUCGACUACAGCGGGCUGCGGCUCCAGGCUUUGCAGAUAAGUGACGAGAAGGAGGAGGAGGAGUACGAGAAGGAGGAGGUCGGCGAGGAUGGAGAGAUCAUUCUGGUCAGCGGAGACAAGGUGUCGGGUCCCUGGAACAAGUCCGGUGCUGUUCCCACUCCUGCUGCUGCGCCUGUCGAGGAAGUAGAGGAGCCCGAGUCAAAGCCUGCUGGCGUAUAUCGCCCCCCGGGGGCUCGGCUGACCACCACCAGAAGAGGCGCCACCCAGGGGCCUCCUGAGAUCUUCAGCGACACACAGUUCCCCUCUCUAAUGGCCACCUCCAAGCAUGUGGAGACACGCAAGGACAGAGAAAUGGAGAAGACCUUCGAGGUGGUAAAACACAGGAACCGCGGCAGAGAGGAGACCGGCGGUAGCGCAUCUAUGCAGCACUUGCAGCUCGACAACCAGUACGCCAUCCUGGGGGACAAGUAGAACCGCUCCCCUCCGUCCCCUGGCCCCUUCAGCAAGGUCCGGCCCAGCCCCUCGAAGGAAGCUGAACUCCAGCUGCGUUGACUGCAGUCCCGACGGAGCUCAUCGUGCCACAUACACAUCAUACACAUGCACCACAUACAGUGACACGCCCUUUAAAAAUCGAAAGUAACACACUUUACAGACAUUGGGUUGGCAAAACUGAAGGACUGCGUCUGAAGGGGCUGUUGAAAAAGGGAAUAAUUUAAAAGGAAUUGGCAAAAAUACACCCAAACGUACAAAACUGCAGCGGCAACAGCAGACUUUGUGGAUUGUACUCAGAGCAGCAGUUGCGUGGCGCAAUUUUUCUCUGGACUUCAACUUCGCUUCGAUAAAGCCACAGAGGAUAACUUUAGGCGAGAUGAUUUUACAAACUCAUGUGAAAAUAUCUAUUUUUUUGCAAGAUCGUUAUGACCCAAUCGCACAUGGUAUUUUGGGGUGUGUUUUUGAGUUCUGGCGGGGAGCUUUGUGAGAUGCUACCACAGCAGCAUAGCUGGUGGUGACAAUGUGGACUGAGCUCUCUUUUUUUCUUUUCUGCUGUGGUGGGAAACGGGGCAAACACCACCCCGCCCCACCCCCCUCCCCUAUACACAAGCCGGCCAUCAGGCUCUUUAAUUUAGAAACGUGAAACUUUGUUUGUUCCCCUUCGUGAUGACGACACUCUGCACAGAUCUAUGGACAAGAAGCGAUAGGUUGUGGUCCUCUGUUUAGAAUUUCUAUAUAAAGUGGCCUUACUGAUAGAAACUGCUUCGUCAUCUGAAGAGAACUUUGCUUGCCGUCUCACGGGCUGCUUGCCUGCCUCUGGAUCUCAACACUUUGGGGCAAAAGAAACCCCAUAUACAAAUAAUCCCUCUGUUCAAGAAUGUAGUGCUGUUGUAGUUUGCCUGGUGAUUGCAACGACUAACUGUCUUUUAUAUCCACUGUUAGAUUUUGCUGCCCCUAAAUCAUUUCGGUCUUCUUUUUGUUUUAGGCAUCAGAUCAAUAGAAAUUAAAAGCUGGUUUCUAAUUAUUUUCUUCUUUGGUAACCAAUAUUUUACUGUGGUUUGACACCAGAUGUUACAGUAUCAAGAAAAAUGACGGGAAACCACUUUAAAAGUAUAAUUUCUUCAGUUUUUUUCUUUUCUUUUGGCCAUACUGAGUACACGUAAUUUUAUUAUUUGCUAAGUGCUACAUUUCAAUCUCAGUUUUAAAACUUUUUUUUUAAAUCAAGGCUUUCCUCAUAAGUAAACGUGCCGUGUCAGCCCUUAUUGCCCUUAUUGCAGAAGAUCAGGGAGCUUGUGCAUAACUUAAUUUCGGGUUACAGCAACGACUCAUCGGUAAAACCUUCCGGUCACCAAACCAACAGAGUACUACCCGCUUACAACCCAGUGGUACUCCCAGUUAAAAAUCUAAUGGGUUUUUACUACAAGCAUAGUUAAGUUUGGGAAGGUAAAGAACUGGAUUUAUGUUCUAUGUUUCUGUCCUUUCCAUAAAAGAUGUCGGGGCGAGAAGAUCCCCGCUGGAACACUUUGGGUGGACGUAGAUAAUAUUUGUGAUGAAAAAGAGAGCCGAAUACAAAAAAAUAAAGUGAUCCUUGUGAUUUGAAGUCUUGUCUGAAUCUUUAAACGUUGAAAUUGGGGAUUUAAUGUAGAUGGUCUUUUUUAUUCAGAAAAAGUGGUGUCCAUUUGUAAACUGAAGACCUGUGUUAACCUGCUAUCCCCCAUAAUCUCUUAAUUGGUGUCUCAUUUUGAUAAAGCGUUGACAAAUUAUCAAAAGUUUCAGAUCUUUUUGGAAAAAAGUAGACGUUUCAAAUGACCUUAUACCAAGCAUAUUAACAAAUAAAAAACUUUUUCUCACACAA